UCUUUAUGAAAAUUUGUUCUGCUAUAUAUAGAGGACAAAUCGUCAAAGCAACGCCUCCUAUCUUGCCUUUCAAGGCACCACUGUAUCUAUUCAAGCACCUCGAUCGAUAUCAAGUGACUCCUUGAAUUUCUCGAUGGCAAGAAAAACGACACUUGCUUGAAUGUGUGCUCUAGAAUUGAUGAAAAUGUGUCGAAUUGGAAGUGGAAAAUCAGGGAAGAUGGAAAAAAAAGCAGAGCAAGACUUGGAGGAGAGUAAGACAGAAGGAAAUAGCCUCAAGGCUCACUUCCAUUUUUCAGAAUAUUUUCCUCAUCUCUGUUUCCCUCGGUUCAAAAAUGAAUACGGCACUAUGGAGGUUGGAUUACUCGAAAGGUAUUCUGUGCAUUUUAUGAGACAGUAAAAUCCAAGUUCGGUUCAUACUUGUUUAGAAAUUCAUGGUGGAUCAAUUUCAUUUGACAAGAAAAAUGCUUUGCAUUUGAAGUUCUCUCAGUCUUUUGUUCCACAUAAAAAAAAAUACUUAAAGGUAAAAUUCAGUUGUCAGCUCUUGGGAAAUAUUUUUCAUGUCCACUGCAUUGGGUAGAAUGGCUGGAAAGCCCAAGGAGCCGACACGUGACCAUCUGCAGUGCCGUCAUUUCACUUCUACCAUUUCUCCCUUUGAAAGUCCCCAACUACAAAGUCUUCAUCUAAAAUAGAUAUGAAAGCAUUUAUCCGCCUUGCAGGUGCUUUGCAUUUUUUAAAAGCCAAAGACAUGACUUCCGUUCCUGUCUUCACAUUUCUCCACUUUACUCUCUUGUCGACCUUUUCCUCUGUAUGGACAGAAAUGACAAGCUUCUCCUCACUUUCCAAAUGUUUCCCAUUAUCUUCACGUCAACCCGGAUCUGUGUGUGUGUGUGUUCGUAUGAGAGAAAAAUUACAUCGCGUUCAUUCAUUAGCCAUCUUUCCCAGAAUUCCAUUUCAUACCUCAAAAAAAUGCAGAGACAGGUGAGACAAUUCUAUUUUAGAUCUGCCACGCUUUUCAUAAUGGCCAUGCGGAGAUACGAUCUACAGUCUCCUAUACGCUCCCCUUCCAAGCUAAUGAAAAACCCUUUGGCUGCAAUUAUUUAAAACGCACUCUCAAAUAUAUCGACAUAUGAUAUGAGCAUGGAAGCUCACGGUCCAUUGUGAGGUCCAACUAAGCUCAACAAUGCUCUCUGGCAUGCAGCAUGAGCCAUUUUAAUGAAGGCCUGGCUUGCGACUAUCCGCUAUUGUCUUCUUUAAAAAAUAAAUGAAUAAAUGAACAACAGUACAACAAUAAAACAAAUUAGCUUCGGGCCAUUUCGAGUAAAAGUAUAGUUAUGGUGAGCUAGCGCCCGCAUGCUAUUCAGGUUAUAGUCUGCCUCUAUGUCCGCUUGAAUAGUCUGACAACCCCGCUUAGAUCAUUCAACAAUUUCCACCCAGUCCUUCACUCGCAGCAAUUAGGCCUUCAGUAUCUUUCCCAAGGAUACGUCGACGGGUCCUCAAGGUUUCCGCCUGACACUUUCAGAGUGACCACUACUCACUAGAGGGUGGAAGAAAUAAAUAGGGUAGUCAAGGUCUUGAAGUUAUAGUACCGUACAUCAGUGAUGUGAAGCACCCCUUGACCUGAAGAUAGCAAAGAGAGGGCAGAUUCAGCUGUUAGCAAAGUGGGUCAGAGGAGCUGGCAUGAUGGCAUGAAUAUUUAAUAAUAAGAGCUCCAGAGUAAAGCCUCCGCAACAGUCAGGUUGAUGUUAAGCAGUGUUAAACAUCAGCGGCAUGUCAGCGUGUUGUUGACUCCCAACAGUAGAUGUUACUUUAAAUACAAGGCGAGGACCAAUAAAGCUGCAUCGUGGAUGGAUUGGACAUGCAUCCACGGCGUUCUUCUUCCUUAGAGCACUUCGGCUCGAGUUAGUACAUGCCAAGACUGGGUAAGAUGUUGGUAGUAUGCUGCAAGCAAUCGGACAUAUAUUCCUCAAAGUAGACGAUUGUCGAUAUUGAGGGAGCUUGAUGCCAGAUCAAGUUGUCCAGAAUGCAAUCAAGCAUUUGGGCAAAUGGGCAUAUAAAUGAGAGAAGUGUGGAGUGGGCGAUCAAGGAUGAAUGGAAGUAGGUCAGUAGGAAAGACAAAGGAACAGGUACCAUGUGGCGAGAAAGAAAUGAUGGGAAUCGCAGCUUUGUCUUCACCGUUUUGUGUUUCGCAAUGAUUGGCAGUUUGUUAUAAAGCCACAGACUUCUUGACGAACACAACAUGGUUUAAUUUACUUCUUCAGGCAGAACGGCACUGCGCACUUGUCAUCUAAUCAUAGAGGAACAUCCGCAAAUAAGGCACAGUGCCAAUUAGAACUCGAAAAAGUAUUUUUGGUCUGGUCCAUCUGCUUUUCUCCAUUGAGCUGAAUACAAACAGGUCAGUCGCUAUCUCUCUCUCUCCACGUUUAAAUGAGGAUUAACCUUCUUAGUGACACCUCUCAUUUAGCAAAUCAAGACCACCGGGCCCCACUCUAUACUGGAUGAUUAUCUCUCGCGUGUGCACGAGUAUGAGUCUCACGCUGCUGAACCAAUUUAACUCUAACCACUCUUGAAAAUGAUGCAAGUGUGCGCGAGUUAGGGAGGACAGUGGUAAAUAGAAAGGUGAUUAUAUCAAGUCCAGUCAAUAAAAUCUAUUGGAUUCCAUUUGGAAUUUAAUCACUGUUUGUUGAGCAUUUCAUGACCACUGCUGGGAAACCUCCAAACUUGAACGCAAUCAUUCGACUUCGAAGCAAUGAAAGAAUUUUUCCUCACAGCAUCCACUGAUGCGGAAAAAAGUUGAGUCAUGUUGUAGCCGCAGCUUGUUUACAUUUAUUGAUUUCACUUCCUGCAGUUUUGUUUUUCCAACAUGAUAGCCCAGUUAAUUGCAAGGACAGUAAAAUGAAGCCUAUAACAGACUGAAGAGGGGAAAAAAAAUGAUGGGAAGUAAAACAGAUCCGCAUUUGUCGCCUCAGCAGGGUGCAGCUGAUCAAUAAACAUGCUGUUUGCCUCUGCUGUAAAUCAUGUAGGUGUAAAUGUGUCAAGACCCCCGGUGGGCACGGAGGGAGAAAUGAGGCAGACAACGCUGGAGUGCAGUGCUGAUGAAUAUAACAAUAAAGAAAAGAGGAAGGACGUAAGAAUGGGAAGGUGCUGAGGCAGAGAGCAAAGAAGAAAAACUUGAUUCAUCAGCCUGGCAGCCAUUGAGAUAAAUGAGAAGAAGAACUGCCUAUGGUUGCUUGGUGGAGUCUUUUGGAUGGAUGAUCACCAUGCGCAAUGCAUUUGUUUAUUUUUCUGGAACGUAAUUUCCCACCCAACUAACAUUUUUUUUCUGUUUCAUACUUGACUAUUGUCUUUGUGUGCCUGCAGGUGAGACUUUAGCAGCCCUGUCACGCCCACAGCGCCCCCUUUCUGCCCGGACGGCCCACCACGCCCCGGUGCAUAUGAAAGGGUACCAUGUCAGCCGUAGCUUGUCCCAGCAUUCCUCUGGUGGUGGCGGAGGAGGCUCCUGUCACUGUCCGCCUGAGGACUGCGAUGGCCCAGGGAGAGACUAUUAUCACGGGCAUAACGACGGCCACUACUACCCACCAGGGGGUCCGGCUGAGGCUUUGGCGCUGGAGAGACACCAUUCCCACUCCCAUUCCCAUUCUCACAGCCACUCAGGUGGGGGUACCUUCCCUCGCUCGCACCCCAGCCAGCAUCCGCCUCUGCAGUCGUUUGAGUCGUGUGAGGAAUGCUUGUCGUCGGGUCAUGGAGCUAAGAUGCACCGCAUCCCUCCGAACCUCGUGGAUCAGUUUGAUAAGCAGGUACCAUUCCACCCCGAUGGCUUCCACACACUUCAGUAUCAGCGGUCCACUAGCGGAGGUGCCGAACAGCGCAGUGAGAGUCCCUCACGUAUCCGCCACCUGGUAAACUCGGUGCAACGUCUCUUUGCCAAGUCCCAUUCCUUGGAGGCCCCUUCCAAACGGGAAUACAAUGGCACAAGAGGAGGCGGGGACUAUCGAGGUGAGAGAGGAGGGGGUCACAGGAGUGGAGGGGAAGACAGUGGGGGUCAGUACUCCGGCCACCAGUCUCGGUCCGCUCGGAGGAACAAGUCUCGAGAACGCAGUAAGAGCGGGGACUCUCGGCACGAGUCAGGCAGACGACACCGCAGCCGGACAGCCGGUUGGUGGAGCUCCGAUGACAACCUGGAUUCCGACAGCAGCUUCCUGGUGAGUGGCGGCAGGAGAGGUUACCCCAGCGGGCACGAGAGCCUGGAUGCAGCCAUUCAGGAGCUCACCAUGAAGCGGCCCAAGGAGCGAGGCGAUGGGCAAGGCCCUGCGGAAUGCAUGGCAUGUACCACCAUUGCGCUGGCCGGAAGCGAUGGAGGUGGACACCACGGUCACACAGGUCACCCUGGUCACUCCUUAAAAAGGAGCACGUGGUCUGCCAUGACAGUCAGUCAAGCCAGGGAGGUAUACCCUUCUCGGGGCGGAGGUGGAGGCUAUGACAAAGCUCUGGUGCCAAUUGAAAACAAACUGAAGGAGAGGACUCUGCAUUAUCUACAGGUUCCUUCAGAAGACUGGGGGGGAGGAUACAGCGGCACAGACAGUGGAGGUGAGAUUCCGUGUCGCCGCAUGCGCAGUGGAAGUUAUAUCAAGGCCAUGGGCGAUGAUGACAGCGGCGAUUCAGACAGCAGCCCGAAAGCUUCGCCCAAGUCCACCCUGAUCGCUCAGAGGGAUGCCUUCAGACGAUCCAUCAGCAUGGAUCAAAGGUAUUCAUGUAAGCAGUGUACGGACUCCUAUCCGAACAGUCGGACGACACCCAAGUCCCAUGCGCGCUCACGUAGUUACACUCGCUCGCUGACCAGCUCGCAGUUGGGAGACACCCUGGACAGACAGUUUGAGGCCGUGUGCGAGACCAUGUUCGGGGAAGUGGAGUCCCAAGCGGUCGAAGCUCUGGAUCUCCCAGGGGUGUUCCGCACGCGUAGCCAUAGCUAUGUCCGCGCCAUCCAGGCUGGCUGUUCCCAGGACGACGACUGUCUCUCUGUAUUUUCUAUGUCUGGUCCCCAAGGAAGCAUCAAGGCAGGAGCUGUCUUUCCUUAUCGCAAAGGUGCUCCUCCCCCACUUCCACCUCGCAUGUCCAAGUCUUCGCUAUCAGUGAGAGCCCAGAGCAGCACCGAGUCCACCCAGGACGCUUACUACCAGAGCAGCCACGGGCGACCCAAACUGCACAGUAACUCGGUGGACCUGGGCUGCGCCGACGGACCUUCGGGACGCUCUUCCAGAGUUGGCUACUACACCGCCACAGGCCCGGGGCGAUCCCGGCAGCACAGUAACUCAGCAGAGAGCCUGGAUGGAGGGAUCAGGGGCUCGCGGGAAAUGGUGCCCUAUGGAGGAGGUCCAGGGGUUGGCGUGCGGGCCAAACACAGCAGCUCGGCUGAUAGUUUGCUAGAGGGACCACCGAGGCCUGCCAGGGAGAGGGAAAGUCGGGUUGCGGGGAGCCUGGGGAAGUCGGUCUCUCUGCCGCAGAACAGCAUUGUUUUGAGUAAAGCUGGAGGGCAGGAUGAUGUAUGCAGUGGAAGGAAGUGGAGGCCGUCUAUCGCUGUGCAGGUGGACAGUUCAGAGACUCUAUCAGAUUCAGAUGCUGAUGGCAAAGCCCUGACAGAGGUUCAUUCGAUUGGAGUACAGGUGGAAGAUGAUAAAAGGCGGGCCCGUUUCAAGCGCUCCAACAGCGUGACAGCGAGCGUGCAGGCCGACCUGGACCCCGAGGGCUUCCCGGGGCUCAGCGUUGCCGUGCCAACGCAGGAUAAGAGUCUCCAGUUUGGUUGCUCCUUCCAACGCCAUUCAUCGGAACCGGAGUCAGCUGGCCAAUACGCGGAAUGCCACCGCACCGUCCAUACACAGGGACAAUGGGCCUAUCGAGAGGACUUUAUCCAGAGUGGCUACACCACAGAAGCUUGUCCAGGAGACCCACGGUCGCACCAGCAUCAGCACCUUCCUCCUCGUUCUCACUCGCCACUCCCCCUCAAAUCAGAGCGAGCGUGGGCUGGGACACCCUCCUUGGAGGGUCCCCGCAGCCUGCCCGACUCGGGUCGAGCCUCCCCCUGCAUGAGGGACGGCGAAUUUUUCUUGCGCCUUCUGCAGACGGAAGUGGAGAGGAUGGAGGGCUGGUGCCAGAACAUGGAGGGAGAGGCGGAGGAGAAUGAACUCCCUGAGGAGAUUCUAGAGUUGAUUCGCAACGCAGUUGGCAGUGCACAGAUGCUCAUGUCUCAGAAGGUUCAGCAGUUCUUCCGCCUCUGCCAACAAAAUGUGGACCCAUCUUGUUACCCCCAGCCCACCUCUCAGGACCUAGCAGGCUUGUGGGACCUACUUCAGCUCAACAUAGAAGACAUCCGGGUCAAGUUUCAAGAUCUCCAGAGGCUCAAAGAGUCUGGCUGGAAACUCCCCUCUGAAAAGAAGGAGGAUAAGAAGCUUCCUCCUCCCUUACCAAAGAAGCCAGCUGGCGGGGUGAGUGGCAGCCUCCGUGCGGAUAGCGUCGCGGAUGGAGGCGGCGGAGGCGCGUCAGGGGGCCUGGUGGUACCUCGCGUAGGGGGGCACACCCUACCAAUGAGGGAGAAGUCCCUGGACCUCGUUGAACGUCAGAGGACAGAAGCGAGAAGGAGGCUGCUGCAAACCAAGCGUACCGCCUCCUUCAGGCAGAAUUCGGCCACAGAGAGCGCAGACAGUAUCGAGAUCUACAUUCCCGAAGCCCAGACUCGACUCUGAAAUCCCCCUGAGCCACGUCACCCUGACCAGCAACCAAGUCCUUGGCAGAUCUGGAUUAUCUCCAGGUCAUAACUAAAUACUCCGCUUCCUCCUAGACUAGAGCAUUUCCAUAAAUACACUUUCCCAUUACUCUUAAUUCAGUUCUCAAGCAGUAAUAGCCACUUGCGUGUCUUGAAAAUUGCACAUAUUACUGACACAGAGGCCUAAAACAAAACAAAAAAGCAGAGGAGCUAGCAGAUAUAAAUUAUCGCCUUUUUUCCACAUCAAGACUAUUUUAUUUAUUUAUUUGUUUAUUUAUUUACUUAUUUAUUUCAUUUUAUUUUAUUUUGGGGCUGACGACAAGAAACUUUUUUUCUCGCAAUGGUGAUUUGCUGAGGCUCUGGCACUAGUUGGUAGCAUGCCCGGUCAUGUUCACUGAAAAAUAAAAGGGCUCAACAGGCACAAAACCUCGACGACAGGAGAUGAUGAGACUUCACAUUUUUGAAUUCCUGUUGCCACCCCUGAAGGGGAAAACACUCUCCAUUCGUGGGGUGUUCCAUUCCCAGCUACAUGUAUCCAUUCUCUUCACUGACACUGCCAGUACGGAAAACGAAACAUGAUUCGCUCUUAUUAUACUAAGCAGCCACCAUCUUCUUAGAACCAGAUCACAAAGCACUUCCUGUUAUUUUUUAUUUGCUUUAUCAUCAAAUGCAUUCAUGCAAAAGAGCAAUUGGAACACACUUGGAAAAAACAACAACAAAUAUGCUACUUAAGACUUGCAAUAUUUAAAAACAUUUGAUAAAACUAUGAUUUCUGGUUUUGGCCCACACCUCAUUGAACGUUCAUCGUGAGGUUUUCCUGAAUGAACACUUGCUACCCUGUGCACACUCAUUUUUGCCAAAUGAAGCAAUUGCAGGGUAGCAUCAGACCCUGACAGCAAGAGAGGAUAAAAAUAGUUAAGUUUGAAUGGCUGAAGUGGCCUCUCAGGACUCCACUGAGAUAAGCGGGGGGUGGGGGUCCAUUCAAAUGUGAGAUUAUAGCACCACUAAGUGGUCAAUUUAGGAUCUAACAGCAGUAUGUAGUUAGAAUUUAAUAAGAUGCCCUUAUGACACGAACCGAUAACGGAAUAUAUUGUUUUUCCGCCACCCAACGUAGUAGCUCUUGGCAAAUAUUGACUCAACUAAAAGCAAAAAUGACAUAUCUCAAUUACGGUGGAUGAAAGCGGAAGAUGAAAACUCACAACUACUUGUGAGUGAAUUCGAUUUAUGGAUCUUGAGUAGGAAGCGCAGCACUGUAGCAUGACUUUUAAUAAUUGUGUUCACCCACAUAAAAAAAAAAGAAAAGAAACAACUGCAACACAUUUUUCAUUUCAAUAUUUUAUAUGGACGUUUUGUACAAGGCUUUAUGUGAAUGCGGCGAGAGAAAUGAUGGAAAUUCAGCCAUUCGCAUGAUUUUCUUUUCUCCUAAUAUGGCAAUGGAAUCUGGCAAAUAUUUGAACGGGAGAUGUAUAUUUUAUAAUAUAAUCUACAUUUAUAGAUAGAGACUAUUGAGUACAGUGUACACAAAGGCCUAUAUCAAAAUGUGAAAUACCACUGUAUUAUUAUUAAUUAUUAUUAUUACAUAGACUUGUGUGAUGUUACUGCUGUGUGGCACAUGUGAAAAUAUUUUCUGAGUGCUGAGUCAGGUUCACAGGGUAAAAUAUAUAUCUAUAUAUAUGUUAGUUGCCAAGUCAAAUCCUUUGGAGCUUCAAUGACAUAUACUCUCUCGUCUUAUUUCCGCUUUAGAACCAACGACAUGUGCCUACCCAGCUAUGCGUGGUGGUUACUGUUCAAGUUUACAGCGUGUAACGUUACGUGCGGUGUGUACAUAGAAUUUCUGAGAUUACCUUCAGAGAGAAAUUUCCGAUCCUUCACUUGGACUCUUUCUGGAAUACUUUGUUGGCACUGCAUGUUUUGAAAGAGAUGAAUUAGCCUGCCGACGGGAGCUCAUUUUGUAGCUUUAAAAAUCUUUGUACAGAAAUGCUUAAUUUUGGUGGCAAAAAGCGGGACGUUAAGUCGACAACAUCGGAGUGGCUCAUCAAACAAAGCACAAAGACCUGCUUUUUUUUUUUUUUUGUAUACUCUUACUGCACUGUGAAGGACUCCUGACUGGUCUUUUCAUGGCGAGGAUUCAACAAGUAUUUAUCCACAGUAGCAACUUCUUCAAUUCUCAAGUGGCGGAGUUGAGUGACUCAAGUAUAGCUUUGCAUUUUUUUAUUUUUAUUUAUUUUAUUUUUUUUAUGUCGCCUAUUCCACUCUGAGUGCAAGGACCCUCGCUAUAAAUAUCACGCAGCAACACACGAGUCACCAGACUGACUGGAUGCCACAAAACACCUGUCACCUCUUCUGAAACAUGCAAAACAUUCAGAGCCAGACGAACAACCCCCGAGUACCUCAGCCUUUGUGACCCGGCCGGGCCUCUGUCCUCAGGGGAUUCUCUAUUCACUGACACAACCGUUCAAAAAAAAAAAAAAAGGAACAAAACACAAGGGAGUGCUUUUUAAAAUUAUGGUACCGGGAGAGCGCCAGAGUAGGCGCAACAAGAGGGAAGACUGCAUCUGGUGAACCCGAGGGGUCUUGCAGAUUUGAGUUUUAGGUGGACAUUUCUAAGAGGCUGCUCUGAUUGGUAAGACGUUUUUUUUUUAAGGGUGUGCUGAUUUCAAUUUACUUUGUUGUCCUUAUAUUCAUUUAUAACAUAUUUUUUAGAUUAUAUCUUAAUAUCCUUUAAUUUCCUCCAAAAUUGACUUAAUACUUGAAUACUGUUUUGAAAAUUGUCAUUCUAAUGCCAACCAAAUUUCAAAACUGGGCUCACAGAUGAAGCAUUGCUAACAAAUAAUCGCUACCCCAAAAUUGCCUUUUAGUUUAGGUUCCUCAUUCUUGUAUUGAUUGCACAAUUGGGACACGCAAGCAUCAUUGUGUUCUAAUCCACAGAGCAGCCAAGAGACAUGUAACUGAAACUCCAAUGUGCCUUUAGCACUGAGAUAUUAUCAACACUGUAACGUUGGAACAAAACGAUCACACUAACACCCUGCCACUCUUUUGUUUACAAAAAAAAAUGUAAAUACGUGUUGCCAACGGACAUUGCUCUACUCAAUAUCACAUAUAUUGUUACUACAAUAUGAUUAUUAGUUGUAGUGUGGUUAUCGCCAUUGAAAAGAGCGGGGGGUAACAAUAACCACCGCUGUCAUUCUUCUGAACUUAUUAUUCUAUAUAACGAGGCGUGAGUCUUGUGUACAAUAACUAGUUUAAUGUGUUAGGACAUGUCUUAAAAAGCGCUGCUAGGAUGAUGGACAACAAAAGGGACAAGAACUCUGGGACGACAAACUGUAUUUUCUCUCUGGGAUCGACGACGGACACGCCCACCAGGAGAUCACAAAAGAGGGACGAGUCAAACAUGACUGCGUCCUCUUGUGAAUUUAAAGGCGGAGCUUCCCGAUGUUAGUCCACUAUAUAAUGUAGCAAAAGCGAAAAAUGUCCUCUGCCCUCGUUCCAUCGUGUCGCCCCGAAACGCCGGACGGGGUUUUUUUUUUUCCUAUUCUUCUGUUGUCAUACAGUGCCAAGACAACAUAGUGUACAUAGAAACAUUCUUUUUGUUGUUGUUGUCAUUUGAAAAGAAAUGACUAGCACAUAUAGCAAUACCAUUAAGAUAUAAAUGUCUGAGAGAAGAUGGCGAGAGAAGAUGCAUGCUUGAGAAUCACCACGGUGACUUGGUCGGGGUUCAUGGUUCUGUUUGUUGUGUUGUGGGUCUCAUUGUGUACAUACCAUUUUGUAUUAUUUAUUGUAAAAAAGGAAAAAAAAAUUCAUGGCUCUAGAUGUGUUCAAGGAGCACGUCUGAAAGCCCCAGAGAGAUGGCACACUGUGACGUGGUUUACCCCUCAACACAGAAUGUAACGCGGUCAAAACAUUUUCUAAAGGCUAAUAUUAUUACUAUUAAUAUGAUGAUUACUAUAAAGCUAUUUUAGCCAGUUAAACAAGGC